CUGGCCGAACCAACUGUCAUUCAGUCUGAGUGGACAUGACGGAGAAGACACUACGGGAUCAGGAAAAGACGAAUUAAACGUCUCGAAGUACCAAAAACUAAUUAUAAAGUUACUUGUGUGAUGGUUUAAGCUUAGGUCGGCAUGUGUUAGUAUCUCAACAGAAGCAGCAACUUUGGCAGUACGUCUUUCCUCACUGCGAUAGGAAUUGCAGCCGGCCAGGGAGGAUGUCCGCCCCGAGCAACUCGCUUCAGCAGCCGAGGGUGAGACGCAGCAACGCGGGCUCCCCCGGCUCGUUCAACGGGAACGGCGGCAGCUGCCGUCUGCACCCCAUCCGAGCCACCGUGCCCUUCCAGCUCCUGCGCGGGGGUCCGGGCAGCCCGACGCGGGCGCAGACCCUCUACGGUGGAGCCACGAAUAGCCGAGGCUCGAGCCCACCAUCCAGCCCGUCGCUCAGUUCAGGAAGUGCAAAUGUAAAGCAAAGACUGUCCCCCGAAAACAAGGACUCCUCCUGUACCCCCGACUCUCCGGUUUCCAGAGCGGAAAGGUCCAAGUUACAGGUACGGAGCUCCAGUGCCAUCCGACGGACAUCUUCCCUGGACGCUAUCACAGGACCGUACCUCACCGGGCAGUGGCCUCGGGACUCCCAUGGACCCUACCCUUCCUGUAUGAAAGACAAAGCCACACAGACUCCAGGUCUCUGGAUUGAUGAGGGAGCAGAACUGGGAAGUCCUCACCAGCGGUCGGCCUCCUGGGGCAGUGCGGACCACCUCAAAGAGCAGAUUGCUAAACUGAGACUGCAGCUGCAGCGCAGCAAGCAGGUCAUCCGGCAGAACAAGGACCGGGAGCAGAGCUCGCUGCAGCCACAGGCGCAGCAUGGCGCUGCAUUUCAGCCGCAGUACAAGGGAACGUCAACUCUGUCAACAAUCCCUCUGCCAAAACCCUUCAUAUGCAGGGUGCCGAGCAGUGUGGAGGGCAUCAGCCACGAGCUGGAGAGUGUGUUUAUCAGAGAGAACUGGGAUCAGGGGAUACAGGCCAUGGACGUGGUAGAUGGCCGCCGCGCCCCCUUUCCCCUGCAUCGCAACAGUCGCAGUGGGGACACGCGUGACACGGACACACAGGCCCCCUCCAGUGGCAGCUCGAGCCCGUCUCCCCGCCCCUCCAGCUCUGACCACGCCCACUCUCCCGAUGGAAGUCCGUGCUCUGCAGAGGAAAUUGACAAAGACAGCGUGUGCAGUUCCCCUCUCCCCAAGUUUGCCACAUCUCCCAAACCGAACAACAGCUACAUGUUCAAACGGGAGCCUCCAGAGGGCUGCGAGAGGGUCAAAGUGUUUGAGGAGAUGGUGUCUGGCAGAUCAAAAGGCUUCCCCCUCUUCUCGUGCCCCGACAAAAACAAGGUGAACUUCAUUCCCAGAGGCUCCGCCUUCUGCCCCGUCAAACUCCUCUGCUCCUCCCUAUUCUCCCCCGUCUCUCCCUCGUCCUGCUCCCCCGGCCUGCACGGCAUCGACGGCCCGGGGCCUCAGGCGACCCCAAGCCUGCACGCUGCACCGCUUGGCGGCUUUCCCGCCUCCGCCGACUGGAGCGCCGUCGCGAGCGCCGACGGCCAGAGCGCCGACACAGAAGUGGGGAAAGACGACUCGGCACAAGUUCUCCUCACCAGCUAGUCCUCAGGUAUUCACAAGCAGACCACCUGCUGCAGCUGUAGCGUCACAGCGAGUCGGGUGGUGUGGCUUUUAAAGCGACAAAAAAAAAAACACACAAAAAAAAUCCCUUGCACUCCGUUAAUUGUAACGCAAGCCAGCAGGGAAUGCUCGCGGUCCAGGAAUGACGGAACGCAACGUCGGACGAUGGUACCAGCGUCCCGAUGCACAAGCAUGAUGGUGGAUAUUGAACCCGUCACUAGCCUAGCCCUUCCUUCCUUCCUUCCUUCCUUCCUCCCUACUGUACCGUGACAACACCAAUAGCAAAAACUGCUUUGCUUAAGUUCGCAAAAAUAAAAUCGAGAGCGCUCAAAUAAUCUUGUUAUGUGACACCUUGAGGAAAUCCAAAAAGGAGAAGUCUUUCACCAGCGACUGCUGUGAGGUAUCAAACAUCUAAGCAGCCUGUUCAGUGUGCUAACAUCUAAACUACAUAUACGUAAGCCUUUUUUUUUUUUUUUUUUUUUUUUUUGACAGCAUGGGAAAUGCCAGAUUCAUGUAUCAGGGUGUCAUACAGUCGGAAUGCAUUGCCCCCACGUUAAUCGCAAUGUUUGCACUUGUUAAGCCAUGGCUCAGAAUGAUGCAGGCCAUGGCCUAUUUUGUUUUGUUUAUUUUUUGUUAGUAUUUUGUAGCAUGUUGUCUUUGUGAAACCAGCAGUUGCUUGAGUGCUCACAAGCACACACCUAGAUCUGCUUUUCCAGUCCCAUCACUAUUAAUUAGCUCAUCACAAAAAGCUAAUGUCAGAAGUCUUUUUUUUCCAGUGACCAAAUAACCAAUCAAAAAGCACACAAUGCCCCCCCACCCCCCAUUGCCUUGAUGUGAUGCCCCACACUACACAGAGCAACAACUCAGGUCUUGUGGAAUGUACUUGCUUGGACUACGUGGCCUUUCCCGAGUGUUUAUUCUACUGAAGGACUUUCCCGACUACUGCGGGAAUCGGAAAUAUAUUUUUAGUUAUUGAGAACCGGAUCGACGGGCCGCUGUCGCGUCUCGUGGCCUUUUGCGUUAACCUGUUUCAGGUUAGAGUUUGAGGUGCUAUGAAGCGUUCCAGAGAUCACUGUUGCAUCCGUGAACCGUGAGUAGCGGAGCAAGCUACAUGAGGUACACCCUCUCAAAUUGAGACUUUUGACAGAUGUUCCCCAGACCCCCUUUUUAUUAAAUAUGUACCAAAGCAGAUUGGGAAACGUGUGAGGCCAGUCACGUAUUUUUGUGCCAGAAGCAAAAUGUUUAUGUGCAUUCGCCAUAUAAACUUUGGUUCAUCGUGUUUAAAACACGGCAAUAAUCAUUGAACCAAAACUAAGCACUUACUUGGAAGUGAGGUGAUCACUUCCACAGAUUUUUGUAAGUUAAAACAAUCAGAAUUUAAGUGUGCAAUUGAUUUUUGUUUGAGGUAAAGCUACACUAACAACUUUUGUGUAACACAGUUUUGUUCAAUAUACAGAUCCAAGAAGUUACCUGCACAAGUUAUAUCACGGGAACAUAUUGUAAAAUAAAACAUGACUUAUUUUGCGCAUGUUGAAAUUGUAAGAGAUGAUCUAGUAAAUGUUUCAUUCCAAGUCGUUGGUCUAUACGGCCACGUGCGCACCGACGAUAAGAACCACAUGCAACACAUUCCACACUGAUGAAGAACUCUUCUCUGCUUUUGGCUCUUAAGAGUUUCAAUCCUACUAAUUUUUAUUCACAAGCUCGUUGUGCAGUAAGGAAAUGGUUGCCAUGUUUGGCGAUGAUGAUUCAGUUCUGUGUAUUACGCAAUUUCAUGUACAUCUCCUGUGUGUGUGUGUGUGUGUGUGUUUUUUUGUUUUUUUUCCAAUAAAGAAAACAAGAAAAGUCUUUGAA